GACAACAUCCGAUGACUUCCUCUUUUGCAUGGGCAAAGCAGAUUAUGCUGUAUCUACUUUCAAAGUUACUCAUGCGGACAAACUGACAAUUUUCAGAUUCGAUUUGUUUUUUCGUUCACUUUGCCUGCAGGAGUCAAUCACGAUGGCCACACACUUCAGUUCAGCCUGUCAGCUUGUUGUCAUGUCUUUGUGUUGCACAGUGUGUAGUACUGACAUUUCCUGCAGAAAUGAAGCUGGUGAGCCUGUUGAUUGGUUCAUCAUCUACAAGUUGCCCAGGUACAAGAUCGGCGAGGUCGGCAGUGGGGUGGACUAUAUGUACCUGGACUCUUCAGUAGAGACCUGGCAGAUGAGUAAAUUCAUGAUUAACGUCAGUCAAGGAGCCAUCGGGAACACACUCGACCAGCUUUACACGGGAAAAGCCUACAAGUCUAACGACUCAGCCUAUGCACUCUACAAUGAUGCUCCACCUGUCCUGGAUUACGUCCAAGGAUACGGACACACGAAAGGGCUCCUGCUCUUUGACCACUCUCAAGGUUUCUGGCUUUCACACACCAUUCCCCAUUUCCCCUCGUUCCCGGAGAGAGGCUACCUCUACCCCUCCUCUGGCAAAGUCAAUGGCCAGACUGCUCUGUGCAUGACCUUCCAGUAUGAACAGUUUCUCCAAAUAGUGAAGCAGAUGGUCUACCUUUACCCACGCUUCUACAAUUGCUCUGUACCUGUGGCAUUCUCGGCCGACCUCCCGCAGUUGGCCCAGUUGUGCGAGGGCUCCAAACCGGCGCCGGCCUCAGAUAAGAGAGUGGAGCAGCUUCUCACAAUCCACGGGGACAAAUUUGUCAGUUUUGUCAAAUCUGAGCGCUUUGUGGAUGAUAUCUACACUGGCUGGGUGGCUCAGGUCCUGGGUGCCGACCUGCUGGUGGAGUCCUGGCAAAGGCAAGGCCAUGACCUGCCCUCCAACUGCUCCCUGCUCAAACACGCCAUGAACAUCAAGAGGAUUCGUCUUCCCGGAUCAGUCCUGUUCAAGUCCUACAACGACCACUCCAAGUGGUGCGUGUCGCGGGUUUAUGAGGACGAAGUGACUUGCCUGGGGGACCUGAACAGGGAGCGGUCCCAGCUGAGGCGUGGCGGGGGACUGAUCUGCUCCUUCAACCCGUUCAUUUACAGGGCUUUCAGACAGGUGGUGGACUGGUACAUUGGCUGUUGAAGGAGAGAGAAAGAAGGAGAGAGAAAGAAGACUAAGACUGAAUCAGUCUUAGUCUCAGUGGUGUAAAUAUGUUUUUGAAUUUGUGAUGCUGUGGGCUUCAAUUUAAAGGUCCAGUGUUAUGUGAAUAACUCAGAGGGUUUAUACAGUUGAAAACCCAAAAAGUAAACUAUCGCAAAUGUUCUCGUCAAAAAGUUUAUCGUAUAAUUGUGUUGUUGUGUCUUUUUCUACUCACUGUAUACAAUUGGGUUUGUUCCAUGGAAUGUGACAGAGCUGGUUUGAAGAGCAAGAGACAAACUGACUCAGCAGGC